UAAUCUUCCAAACGGCCAAACCCUAUCUCUCUCCUUCCAACACCACAAAAAAAAAAAAAAACACCUCUAUUUCCCUGUCGCUUAACCCAUUCACUUCCAAUCAUGAACCGGAGAACCCGAUCCUUAGCCAGGCAUUCCCUGACCGGAACCGAACCCUUCCUAAAGUAUCUCAAACCCGGGGCCCUAGCUCGCCUCAGGGACUCACGGAUCAGCGCCAGAUCGCACCGAAUCAGCUCCCUCUUUCAGAUCUCUCCGUCCUCUCCGCCGUCUAGUGGUGGUCAAACCUUCUCCGCAUCCAUUGACGGCUUCCCUUGCUUCGCGGCUACAGCGAGGGUCUACGGGCCCAGGUGUCUCCAGAGGAAGAAGCUAUUAGCCGCCAAAGGGAUGCUGUUUCUGAAUUCAACACAGUCGGCUCUGGAUUUGGCCGAUCCGGUUGUGGAUUUGUUAACUAGUGAAUGAAACUAGUUUAUUAUGUGAAUUUGAACUCUUUUUUUUUCCUUCCUAUUUUGGCCCUAGGUUGUAGAUUUAGUUACUCCUUUCUUGUUAAAUUGAAAAGAAACAUGAAACAAAUACUAGUAGUUGUAAUAAAUUUUUAGUUUUCCAUUUUGAA